AUGCUGCCCGCUGACCUUAGACUUGCGGGGCUAUGUUUGCGACCUAAUAUUUCACGCGCGGCUCUCUGCCAAUGCACUCGACGAGCUUUGCAAACUGAGGCUGCUCCAGAGGCCUCAUCCUCGUCGGCGGACCUCUUCUUGCAUGCAUCUAGUCCAGAAACCAUGCAUGAAAAGAAUGUCAGCACGAGGCUGCAAACAAUAUUUGUGCGGCCAUGGGACGGCAUCUCGUCGAUGGUAGAACUGUACGCAAUUAUUCGAGGACUCGAGCGACAGUUUGGGCGUAUACGAGAGUACCAAGUUGGCCGGGACACGAACGUCCCAAAUAUAUAUUUACCCUACUUUUGGGCACGCUUUGCGGAUUCGGAAUCCAUGGACCGUGUCCCGCGGGACCCUACCGUCCUGAAAAUAGAGGUACCUCUCGUGAACUCGACACGCCAGGGUGGCGUCGGUCUCGACGACCUCUACCGGCUUCUGAAGCCCCAGAACUACGUGGACCCAACACAAGAGUCCCUCGAUGUCCUCAAGUCAGACGAGGCGGUGGUAGAGGAGACGGUGACGGUCGACGUCAGAGUCGAGCGUUCAAGUGCGACACCUUUCCUUCCUCCGCAUCAAACGGCUGUCCUGAUCCCGGGCGCAGUGGACACGCGUUCCCGCGUAGACAUCGGGGUCUUCCAGCAUUUCGGCGCAUGGGGUGGCUUCUAUACGCCGCGAGACAGCGCGAUUGAUGACAAGACGCGCUUCAUGCGGCAGGCACGCACCAAGAGCGCGCAAAUAGUGCGCGAGUGGCAGAGGAAGCGCGGUAUCGAUGUUCAGGAGGAGCCGGAGGACAGCACGGUGCAAGCGGAAACGCUUGACGUACCGGACCGAGACGUUCAAGCAAGCGAACCGCUGGCGCCUUCGCUUGUCGAGCAGACUGCAGCUUUGGGUGAGGAGGACCUGAUUUCUUCCGCCGCAACCGCAUCGGUAGUAGACACGCACACUCCCGCGCCUCCGCCCCCACAAAAGGUCGGCCUCUCGCGGCGCGAGCGCAUUCUCGAACAGGCGCGGCACGUCGCGCGCACGCCGCUGCCUGCACAACUUACGGCUGUGGCGGAGCAGCAGCAGGAAGAGAAGAAGCGCGAGCGUGAACGGGAGAAGGAGGAGGAGGAGCGCAUCCGGGUCUCGAUGCGGGAGCGGCUUUGGAAGAUCAUGGGGGGGAAGUGGUUCUGA